CCUACUGAGAUUUCCAUACUGUAUCCCUGUGCCCUUCUCAUCUCCCAUCACUCUGGUCCGUGGGUCCCAGAGGUUUUUUUUCCUGCUGGUGUCCCAUCACCUCUCUCCCCUCCUGGACUGAGGGCUCCCACGCCUUACCUGGCCUCCCAUACAGUCUCGCUGUUCUGAGGGUACCUACCUGCACCUGUUGUCCUGCUUGACGCUUUUCUUAAGACCCGGCUCAAGAUGCCAGAGCCCACAAAGAAAGAUGAGACACCAAACGGCCAGCCAGAAGAAAGUGUUGCCCCAGACAGUAGUGGUGCCAUGCCCCUACCUGAGAUUUCCCUGGAGGUUUCUCCACCCCCAGAGGCGGUAGCAGAGGGGAAAGAGCCAGUAGAGACUGAUGAGAAGAAACCAGAGCCCACAGAGCCUGAGCCAUUAGAGGCUGUGGUGGCUAAGGAGCCAAGCCCCAUAGAGAAUGGCUGUAACCAACCACAGCCUGGUGGGGUUGGGGUGAAAGAGCAAGCGGAGUCUGAUAACCCUACUGUAAAGGAAGAGGGCCCUUGCUCUUCUCCUCCAGCUGAGGAUGCCAAUUCACUCAAGAAACUCUCUAUUGAGCUGCCUAAUGAUAGCGUCCCAACCAUGGGGAGAAAAGACUCAGUGUGGUCUUUGGGAGAGGGCCAGGCCCCAGAAGAGCUGGACAAGCCCAUUGACACCCCACCACCGCUGUCCACCCUGCUGAUAGAGAAACCCGAAAGCGCCUCCGUCAAUGUGGGUGGAGACAUCACCUUUAUUGCCAAAGUGGAGGCCAAAGAUCUUCUCCGCAAACCCACUGUGAAGUGGUUUAAGGGAAAAUGGAUGGACCUGGCCAGCAAGACAGGGAAGCACUUACAACUGAAAGAGACCUUUGAACGAACCACUAAGAUUCACACAUUUGAGAUGCACAUCAUCAAGGCCAAAGAAAACUAUGCUGGAAAUUACAGGUGUGAGGUCACCUACAAGGACAAGUUUGACAGCUGUUCCUUUGACUUGGAAGUUAAAGAAGCUGAGCAGGUCUCACAGAAUAUUGAUAUUCGAUCAGCUUUCAAAAGAAGCAGUGAAGGACAAGAAGAUGCAGGGGAGCUUGACUUUAGUGGUCUCCUUAAACAUAGAAAUCAAAGGGAGCCCAAACAAGAGGAGGUUCCGGAGGUGGACGUAUGGGAAAUCCUGAAAGCAGCCAAGCCAGAUGAGUAUGAGAAGAUUGCCUUUAUGUACGGCAUCACAGAUCUGAGAGGUCUGCUCAGGAGACUGAAGAAGACUAAGAAAGAGGAGAAGAAGAGCGAAGCUUUCGCAAAGAAGCUAGAACCAGCAUAUCAAGUGGAUAAGGGAGGAAAGAUCCGCUUGGUGGUGGAUCUGGCCGACCCCACAGUUGAACUGAAAUGGUACAAGAACGGACAGGAAAUCAGACCCACUCCAAAUAAUCGGAAGUAUAUCUUUGAGCACAAGGGCACACAGAGGAUUAUGGUCAUCAAUAACUGCUCCAUGAACGAUGAUGCGGCAUACUCCGUAGCUGCAGGAGAUGAGAAGUGCAGUACAGAGCUGUUUGUCAAAGAGCUGCCAGUUAAGAUCGUUAAAGGUAUUGAGCCUGUGAAGACCACAGUCAAUGAGAGGAUUGAGUUGGAAUGUGAGGUUUCAGAGGAAGGUGCUCAAGUGAAAUGGAUGAAGAAUGGUGUUGAGGUUCCAACAGGGGUGCGCUCCAGAUACAGAGUUAAAUGUGAGGGAACGAAACAUUACCUGGUCAUUGAUGACGCCUCCAAGGAGGACACCGGGACAUACUCCCUGAUGGCCACCGGUGGCACGACUGAGGCUCACGUACAGGUUGACUUAAAGCCACUGAAGAUCUACCAGGAUCUGCAGGAUAUAAAAGUGUUGCUGGGUCAGCCUCUUAAGAUGCACUGUGAAAUCUACCCAGGCAACGUCCCAGGCCGCUGGUACAGGAAUGGGCAGCUUAUCCAGCCAAAUGAGCGCAUCAACAUCUUACACAGAAACAAGAACCAUCGAAUGGAAAUCGAGUCUUCUUCCCUUCAUGAUUCAGGAGAUUACACUUUUGUACCUGAGGGAUACUCACAGAGUCUCUCUUGCAAAGUUCAUAUCAUUGACCCUCCAAAGGUGCACUUGGACAGCUUGAACUUCCCUGACAACACAGUGACAAUAGUGGCAGGAAACAAACUUCGCUUGGAAAUUCCCAUCAGUGGAGAACCAGCACCCAGGGUGGUGUGGAUGAAAGGAGAAAGGGUCAUUCUGGAGUCUGGACAUCGUGUCCAUGCUGAAACGUAUGGCGACCAGACCAGCCUGACCAUUGAUGUCACAGAGAGGGAAGACUCAGGGAAUUACAAGAUUGUCCUGCAGAAUGAGGCUGGUGAGGACACAGCCAGCGUCAAAGUCAAGGUUGUAGAUAUCCCAGAUCCCCCAGAGGCUCCUUUGGUCCCAGUGGUGGGUGGUGACUGGUGCUCUAUGACCUGGGAACCCCCACAGUAUGAUGGGGGUUCACCAAUAUUAGGCUACUACAUUGAGAGAAAAAAGAAACAGAGUUCUAGGUGGAUGAGGCUGAACUUUGACCUGAUCAAAGAAACAACAUUUGAACCCAAGAAGAUGAUUGAAGGAGUGCCAUACGAAGUGCGGAUCUUUGCAGUCAAUGCCAUCGGUGUGUCCAAACCCAGCGAGCCUUCCAAAGCAUUUGUUCCCCUCGCUGUGACCAGUGAGCCGACCAUGCUUGUUGUGGAUGACGUCACUGACACCACAGUGACCGUGAAAUGGCGUCCUCCCGACACCAUUGGAGCUGCCGGUCUGGAUGGAUACUUGGUGGAGUACUGCAUAGAAGGAACUGAUGAAUGGGUAGCAGCCAACAACGAGCUGAUAGAGAAGACUAAGUACACCAUCACUGGGCUCCCCACAGAGGCUAAAAUCUUAAUCCGCGUCAAGGCCAUUAAUGCCGCUGGAGCCAGCUCUCCAAGAACCAUUCAGCACUCUGUCCUUGUCAAAGAAGUUGUUGAGCCACCUAAGAUCCGCAUCCCUCGUCACUUGAAGCAAACAUACACUCGCAGAGUCGGGGAGGCAGUCAACCUUGUGGUGCCAUUUAUGGGCAAGCCCAGGCCGAAAGUGAGCUGGUUGAAGGAGGGGAAGCCCAUAGACCCCACGCAUGUCAACAUCCGUAACACAGACUGUGACAGCAUCAUCUUCAUCCGUAAAGCAGAACGCAGCCACUCUGGCAAGUAUGACAUGACAGUGCAGGUGGAAAACCACAAGGACACAGCCAUAAUCGAUAUCCAGAUCGUAGACCUGCCUGGACCACCCCAGUCUGUAACUAUUGAGGAUGUAUGGGGAGGAAACGUGGCUUUAGUCUGGACCCCUCCAAAAGACAGCGGCAAUGCCCCCAUAACAGGCUACACCAUUCAGAAAGCAGACAAGAAGACAAUGGAAUGGUACACCUGCAUUGAGCACUACCACCGCACAUGCAUCACCAUCACAGAGCUGGUGGUGGGCAACGAGUACUUCUUCAGGAUCUAUGCAGAGAACAUGUGCGGCCUGAGUGAAUGUGCCACUCAAACCAAGAACAGUGCCCUCAUCGUCAAAGAGGGCAUGCAGAUGAAAACACCCGAGUACGCCGAUCAUGACUUCAAGGAAGCACCAAAGUUCACGCAGCCACUGACCAACAUUUUUGCGGUUGCUGGCUACAAUGCUACGCUCAACUGCAGCGUCCGUGCCAACCCAAGGCCCAAAGUGAUCUGGAUGAAGAAUAAGAUCAUCAUCAUGGAUGACCCACGCUACCGCAUGUUUAGCAACCAAGGAGUGUGUACCCUGGAGAUCAGGAAGCCUAGCCCCUAUGAUGGGGGCCUAUACACCUGCAAGGCCGUCAACGACCUGGGAGAGGCCCAAGUGGACUGCAAGCUGGAGGUUAAAGGAGGGUUCACCUUCUAUGAACUCAUGCAACGUGGAGUGCCACUACAUCUGAUUGAUAAGUACAUGAACGAGACGAAGACUGUUGAGGCGGAGAAGUAAACUGGACAGAGUGCAACAAGACCAGACAACUGCUGCCACUAGACAUCCUCUUUACUCACCUGGGGUCAGCGGCAUGAGGAAUGGAGGGAUUUAGAGAUUUAGACAGAUGGGAGGGAGUCAGAGAGGGAGUAACUGGUGUCUGUGGUUUGCUAUGUGUGUGUGCAGGUUUGGAGCUAGUUACCAUAGAAAAGCCAGUUUAUCUUCUUUGUCACCCUCUGGGAUUUGAAAGGCUGUGUCAGCUCAGAUGCAUGUCGGCAGUGUUUUGGCUCUAGCUUUUAACUGCAAUAAGAAGUGUGUAAAAAAAAUUUAUAUAGCACAUAUCUAUAGCCUAAACAGAAACCCACACGUACAGUAUUCACAAUUUGUUGUUUGUUGGAAGUGCUUGUUGGAGCCAAUAAUCAUUUCAGGGGUCUAAAAGAAGGGGAAAGAAAUGCAUAGACGUUUGCAUAGACGUUUGUAUGAUGUUAUGCAAUGGAUGCGAGAGUCACAGAACUUCAAAAUGGGCUACAGAGCGAGAGAGAUGAACGAUUCAGACAGUGCUGGAUAAAUGAAUGUGCUGACUUCUGUAGAGUGAGUCACAUGAGUAUUUGUCAAUUUCACUUUUUGUUUCCUUGGGGUAAAAAUGUAUUUAUGGCUCGGUAGUGUAUUUAUGGAUAAUAUUGACAAGAUUUAUAGGCUCACACAGAGUCUGCCUGUCUUCCAUAUUCUGCAUGCUACACUAUGCUUUUUGGAUUCAUUCAUUCAUUUGAGGCUUGGUUCAAAUAAGAGGCUCAGUCAUGUGUGCAUGUCAUUACCUUUGUAAU